AAUAUUGUUACUUGUAAAAUUAAUAAUGUGAGGAUCGUAUCCUAAAUGGUAAAUACGUAUACAUAUUCCAUACACAUAUAUGUCUGUAUGCAUAUGUACAUGGAAUGACUAACGCAUUGAAAGGUGUUGGUAGCACAGUAGUUAGUUAGCCUAGUGCCCAGCCAGCUACCCAGUGCCAAUAGUGAAUAGACAGGUUGACGUUGUAUACAUAUAUAUAAUACAUAUAUCAUAAAUCUGUGACCCUCAAUUAAAAUAAAGUAACAUAUAUAUAGUCAUGUACGAUAGAUAUGCGAAUAAAUUCCAUUGUGCUUGGAAGUUUUUGAAUAAGUGAAGAAUGGAUAAAUGCAAUAAAAAUGUGUGUUUAAUUCAAAAUUUCAAUUCGUAGCAGAUGUAUGCAUACAGACUAAUACUUAUAUGAAGAUAUUGCCGGCAUUUGUGUAAGAGGUGCAGGUUUUCUGUAUAUUUAAGUCAUAAUGACUGCGUUAGGUGGUUUUAUGGAAUUUUUUCAAAAAGGGAAGACAUUUAGACCAAAAAAGAAAUUUGCUCAUGGUACUUUACGGUAUUCAUUGCAUAAACAAGCACAAGCUUCAUUAAAUUCAGGAAUAAACUUAAGAUCUGUUGUAAAAUUACCUCCUGGUGAAGAUCUGAAUGAUUGGAUUGCAGUUCAUGUGGUAGACUUCUUUAAUAGAAUAAAUUUAAUAUAUGGUACCGUCUCUGAGUAUUGCGAUUCUGCGUCAUGCCCAACAAUGAGUGGUGGUGCCCGCUUUGAAUAUUUGUGGGCAGAUGGUGAAAAAUAUAAAAGGCCUACUGCAUUGCCAGCACCACAAUAUGUCAGUUUACUCAUGGAUUGGAUUGAAACACAAAUUAAUAAUGAAAGCAUGUUUCCUGUAUCCACAGAUGUGCCAUUUCCAAAGACAUUUAUACCACUGUGUAGAAAGAUUUUGACACGUUUAUUCAGAGUUUUUGUCCACGUUUACAUACAUCAUUUCGAUCGCAUUGUAGCAAUAGGAGCAGAAGCACAUGUAAAUACAUGCUACAAACACUUUUACUAUUUUGUAACAGAAUUCGAAUUAAUAAAUACAAAAGAAUUAGAGCCAUUAGCUGAAAUGACUCUCAAAGUAUGUAAAGAUACUGCAUCACCAACACAAACUACAGCACCAUCAAGUAAUACUAGAUAGUGAUAUUGAAAUAAGUGCACGAAGUCAUAGCCAAAUUAGGAUGAGAUUUUCUCAUUUAAGAGCAUUAUUAUAGUGCUUAAUAUCCUUCCAUUACUAGAAUAACUUUCUCAACUGUAAGUCUCCACUUAAGUGAUUACGCAUAUUACUGUAAGUACCUCUCUCUAUUUACUCAUGCUAUAAAGGUAAUGAAACAUACAAUUAACUUUUGAGAAUCCAUGUUUUUUUAUGAAUGAAUAGUCCAAACAAUAAUAAAUUAUGUUGUAGUUUUUAAGUAUUAUAUAUUAUGUAUUUUGCACCAUUAAGAUGCUAGUGUAUUCUCAUAUAUUAUAUUAAACACUGAAAACGCUUUA